CAAUUGUCCUAGCUUUAUAUAUGCACCCACGUGUAUAUUGAAAUUUACAAACACGUGGAACGAGCAAAAUGCCACCGAAAGGGAAGAAUAGAGCUAAGACUCCUGUGGCACCCAAAAAUACCGCACGACUACAACCACCAAGAUCUGCUCCUACAACACGAAGGGCACAUGCAUUAAUUCAGGCAGAUGAUGAUGAGGCAGAUGCACCUCUUGCUAAAAAACUCUUCUUUGGUAGACAGACAGGACAGGAUGCUGAAAAUGCAGGAACAGUGAAAAGUAGAAAAAACACACCAGCAAGAAAAGAACAGACUCCAAAUGCUAAGGCAAAAACACCCAAGACACAAACACCAAAUUUGAAGACAAAAACUCCUGCUGAAGUGGAAACCCCAAACCGAACAACAAAGUCUGCUGCAAAGGGAUCUACUCCAAACCCAAAAGUAAAAACACCUGCAAAAGUGGAAACCCCAGUCAUGAAGGCAAAAACACCAGCAAAAGUGCAAACUCCAAACCCAUCAGCAAAAACGACUAAAGUGCAAACUCCAACCCCAAGAGCAAAAACUCCUAAAGUUCAAACUCCAACCCCAGCACCGAAAACUCCAGCUAAAGUACAAACUCCAAACCCAAGAGCAAAAACUCCUAAAGUUCAACCUCCAACCCCAGCAGCGAAAACUCCAGCUAAAGUACAAACUCCAAACCCAAGAGCAAAAACUCCUAAAGUUCAAACUCCAAACCAAACUGCGAAAACUCCAGCUAAAGUACAAACUCCAAACCCAAGAGCAAAAACUCCUAAAGUGCAAACUCCAAAUAUAAAAACUCCUAAAGUGCAAACUCCAUCACUGAAAGGCAAAUCGCGUGAUAUGGUGCAAACUCCAAAGACAAAAACACCAGUGGUAAAAGUUAAAAAACUGUCUCCGAAACAGGAACUGAAUGUGGUAGAAUCUGAUGAUAGUGAUGCUGAUAGUGACACGGAAAAUACAAACACCACAAGACUAGAUGAUGGUGAAGAAGGGGACGAUGAUGACAUAGACAUGGAGAGUGAUGACUUUGAUGAUGGCGAGGAUGAGGAUGAAGAUGAUGAAGAUGACGAGGAGGAUGAAGAGGAGGAGGAAGAGGAUGAUGAAGAGGAAGACAAAGAAAAUACAGUUGGAACAAAUAUAUCUGUAAAGAAACAGGAUAUAGACUGGAAAGUGGGAACAAAUACCUCUCUGAAGAAACAGGACAUUGACUGGAAAGAUGUUCUUGACAGAAGGUCAUUGUUUGUGAAAAAUUUCCCUACUAAAACAAAGGUGGAAGAUUUAAAAGUAUUAACAAAAGAUGUUUUAGAAGUUUUAACCAAACCCUAUCUUGGCAGCCGAAAUGGAAAUUUAAGAUGGGCCAUUUUGCGGUUCAAGAAUGAAGAAACUGCAAUAAAAAACCACAAAUUACUUAAUGGAAUGAUAAUGGAGAAUAAAAAAUUGCAUGUUGACUUUGUUGGCUCGAAAAGCGAGACUGCCACUAGACCUUACAAACAAAAUGUUCCUGUGGAUCCUUUGUUAUUGUUUGUGUCUGGAUUGCCAACCACAUGGAAAGAACUGGAUCUCCAUAGGUUAUUUCCAAAAGCCAAAUCAGUUAACUUUCCUGCCACCAAAAAGCAAAAGAAUGGAAACAAAAAAAUAACAAGUGCACAUGGGUAUGGAUUUGUUCAUUUUGCAAAUGAAGCUUCUGCCAAACUGGCACAUGACAAAAUGCAAGGGAAAAUAGUAGAGGGCAGAACACUUGUAGUUAUGUAUGCCCACAAGAGACAGCCCAACACAGCCAGUAAAAGGAAACCGCAGGUGGAUAGCAGCCUGGAUGCUCCAACUGCAAAAAAGGUUAAGUUGUCAACAAAACAGGAUGACGAUGAUGAUGACGAUGAUGAUGAUGAGGAUGAUGAUGAUGAUGAUGAUGAUGACGACGACAGCAAUGAUGACGAUGAUGAUGAUGAUGAUGAUGAUGAUGACGAAGACGAUGAUGAUGACGACGACGAUGAUGAUGAUGAUGACGAUGAGGAUGAUGAAUAAAUAUCUUUAUAGCAAUAUUCAUAAAACUAUGAAAUCCUGUGAUAUUUAUCUAUUAAAGUCAUUUUUAUGCUAGAUAAUACUUCAUAGGUCUAAGAUAGUUGUUAAAUGUCUGUAAAGUAAUUUCUCUCUCUCUCUUUUUUUUUUUUUUUUGUCAUUGACUUUGCAUGAGCAUGUUUCUCUGACUUUUGAUUGAAUGUUUAAACUCUUCCAUUAAAACAUAAGAUAUGAUGUGUUCACACUGUUCAAUAUCAAGUUUGUUGAAGCAUUUAAGUUUUAUCAAGAUAAAGAUUUAUGCUUGGUAAUAUUAACAUGUAUUAAAGCAUUGAUGUCAAUUUUUUCAGCUUCAUUGGGGUAUGAAAAAAUAUUUGUUUGCAAAUUGUAUGAAUCCAUGCAGCGAAUUCUUACAAAAGUUUGCGAACAAAUUUUUUUCAUACCCCUAUAAAAUUAAAAAAUAAUUGACCUCAGUGCUUAUAAUUAAUUUUUCAAAAUUGAUUUUCAAAAUUAAAACUUGUUUUAUGUACAAUUUAACUAAUCUUUAAAGGGAUUCUUUUUCACAAAUCAAUAUGCAACGUCAAUGGCCGUUUUUGUGACGUCACAUUUUUCGCGUUUUUUAGAGGUGUGAAAAAAAAAUUUCAAUCAAUCAGAAAGCUGCAUUCUGCGUACAAACAAAGGGAAAUUAAUAAUUUAAUGAUAUUUCUCUGAUCUGAGUGAAGAUUGAUUUCUAGUUAGCAUUAGGUGUUUAAAUCUGUUAAAUAUAUGAAGUAAACAAAGUUUCAAAACCUGCUUGAUACAUAGCUAAAUUGAAUUACUACUGCAUUUCAUUCAUUAUCACUACUGCAUUUCAUUAAUUUUUGUCUGCGGUUGUAACAUUCCACUGAAGCUGGUGCUGGUGCCACAUCCAUUUCUCCUGAUUGCUUGUCUUUGACAUCCAGAGUAGCUAUUGCUAUACUGUUCACGUAGACGUCGUGUGUAGACAGCUAGGUUAGAUAUUUAAUAAAGUUGUGCUGUGUCAAUACCAAUGAGGAUACAGCUUAGGUAUUUGACAUGCGUCUUCCUUGUGACAGAAUAUUUCCAUUGGUACUACGUUUGCGGACCUGCCACCUUGACCGUGACCUUUGACCUACUUUAAAUAAAACUUAUGCCUUGGCCACAGCAUGUUAACAAUAUAAGAUGGGGCUUUCAUAUUUGACGUGGUUUCCUUGUGACAAGGCCUUUUCAUUGGUACACAUGUACUACAUUAAUGGACCUUGUCCAUGACAUUUGACCUACUUUUAAAAAUAAUUCCCACAUUGACAUAAAUCAGAUUGUUGUUUGAUAUUUGAAAUAGUAAAAUGUAACUUGGUGUGGUUUAAACAGAAUUUUAUUUGUUCAAAAGAAUUCUAGAUCAGUACAAAAUGUAACUUUACACUGAUGUGUCGGUGUAUAAAUCAAUUAAUCUAGCACAAGUCAUAGAAACAGUAAAUUAAAUACCUUUUAUGAAACACAAGCAACUUCAAAUAUGUAUACAUAUAUAUUAUUUAAACAUUUUAGUUGCUAUUAAUGUAUUAUCAACCUAGCUUAUCAGUACUGAGUGAAACAAGGGGAAGUAACUGAUGGAUCAGAAUGCUAUUCCUUUUAAUAAUUGCCUCGUUAAAACUCAAUAAUUUUUAAUUGGAAAAAAAAACUUUAUCGGAAUGCUGCUAAUAUUAGUAUGAAUUUUUUCUUAGCUUUUUUGCUAAGCCCUUUCAGUAGUUUGUAUUUCUUAUCUUUUAAAGUACAUGUUGUAUGUUUAUCAGAAGUGGCUGAUACUGAAAUUGAUCUUUUUAUUAUUUUGCAUAGCAUGAAUGUAACUGUUAGUGGUAUACUUGAAUUGUGAUGAUAUUUUUUAUUCAAUAUUCAUGUUUUAUAAAAUGUUGUACAUUGUACAUUCAAAUGUAAAAGCAAUAAAGAAAAGAAACCUUA